CAUAACUUUGCAAUCUAAGAUGAUUGAAUAUUAAAUAUUUUGGCUAUUAUCGAAUAGCACCAGGCUUUAUCGGUUAAAUGUAGAUACAAGUCAUAAUAUAAUAAAUGUGAUAAAAUAAUGAAAAACAAGUACAAUCUCCCAUGCGUCCGUAUAUUCCGCCUAUCAUGGCUAAUGAGUCGAGUUGGUACGGUCGCGGUGCAGACGAUGACGUCCUACAAAGUGUAGGCGCAACGGAGGAGACACCCCUUCUUCAGACAGUUCCCCGCCAACAAUAUAGACGCAACGUGGGUGCGUUCAUAGUCGUUGGAUUGCUUCUAGUUAUAUUGUUAGGGGGGUUUGCGAUAGGGGUUUAUCUUCUAGUACUACAGAAUAACGCAGAAAACAUUCUGCCACCAGUAGAAGAAAUGCCAAUUCGCCACGUCAAUGGAUCAGAAUGGGAUCAGUCAGACUUACUAGUGCUUUCUACACAGCCGUUCCACGCAGAAACUGUCAUAAUAGAACAGACUGACACCAGGGAGUGUGAGAAUUUGAAUUCUUGCGUUCUGCUUUUAAGGGAAAUAAAGGCAACUUUUGGUGUGAACAACUCUUUGCCAUACAACUUCCUGGUGUCAAGCGACGGGACUGCGUACGAAGGGCUGGGCUGGUCUCAGCUGUCGCCCUUAUACCCCGAACUAUCACCACUAGUGUUAACGUUCUUGGGUAAUUUUACGCGUGUUCCUCCACCCAUCGAGCAAGUGUUUAUGGCCAAAAGUUUGAUAGCAGCUUCCUUGAGUAAAGAUUUUUUGAAUAAAAAUUUUACUAUUAUAGGAAAAAGGACGAAAGAAGUACCUAAGUAUCUUUUUGAACAAUUCAAAGACUUUCCUCGGUGGAAAGAAGAAUAAACGUUUCACGUUGUUCUCCAUAAUUUCAAUAACACUUUAUUAAGGCAAUUAAGUGUUAAAAGUAGUUGAAAACUUAAAAUUUUUAUAAACAUAAUAUUAUG